GCAUGCAUGUCUAUAGACGUCAUUUGAUUUUAAUGGCCUGCAGGAAAUUUGGCGUUACAACUCCAGACAUUAAGGCAAGAGAGAGAGGGAGAGACAGAGAGAGCGGGAACACGGGGGAAAAUCACCGCAUGAAAGAUAUUGGUUCAAGGAUAUCUCUACAUUUUCAACAUAUUUUUCUACUGGGACUUUAUCAACAAGUUACUGCGCCUUUAUUGCAUGUUGUCUGAGUGAAGGACUAUGGCAGCUCGCCUGGUUUUAAACUUUAAAUCUGGGCUGGAGAUGAAGAUGGAAAUGCAUGCCUACUAGCUGGAACUGCCCUGGGGAACUAUUACAUCAGACGAAAUGACAAUGAUUAAAAUCUGAUUUUUGCUGCUCUAAAUCUAUUGAGCAACUAACAGUUUCCUGUUAGGUUACCGUCCUUUCUAACUUCGCACCGUUAAGGGCAACGAUCUACUUUUGCCAGAAAACAAGAUAAGUUAUUAUAUCUGUGCAGACAUAAUUUCGGGAAAAGCGGGGUAUCACGUUUUCUUCCUUGAGAAAAUUGCCUGGGCGAGAGAGUGGAGUUGAGCUAAUUGUAGCCUAAUCCCUGGCCCAGAGGCGCUUGGGCAGCCCGGAGCAAGAAUUUUCUUUUUUAGCUCUGCUCUGUUAUUUAGAGACGGAUUAUUGGCUUUCUUCUUCUCAUAACAAACCACAGGGGCAGUUUCAUUUAGGCAAAAAAAAGCAGACAAGAAGCUGAAAUACGAAGCAGGAAUCCAACAAGAGUGCACAUUUUUACGCGUAUCCAAAUAAGCGCAGAGAAGGGGAAGGAGAUCAUCUCAUCCAUGUACAAGGAGGGAAGAAGCAUGUCACGGCUGUCUCUGACCCGGUCCCCGGUCUCUCCCCUGGCCGCUCAGGGGAUCCCUCUGCCGGCUCAGCUGACCAAGGCGAACGCCCCGGUGCACAUCGAUGUCGGGGGACACAUGUACACCAGCAGCCUGGCGACCCUCACCAAGUACCCAGACUCAAGAAUCAGUCGUCUGUUCAAUGGCACCGAGCCCAUCGUGUUGGACAGCUUGAAGCAGCACUACUUCAUAGAUCGGGACGGCGAGAUAUUCCGCUACAUUCUCAGUUUCCUCAGGACCAGCAAAUUGCUCCUUCCAGAUGACUUCAAGGACUUCCACCUGCUGUACGAGGAGGCCCGCUAUUACCAGCUGACGCCCAUGAUUAAGGAGCUGGAGCGCUGGAAGCAGGAGCGUGAGCAACGACGAAUGGCACAGCCCUGCGAUUGCCUGGUGGUUCGCGUCACGCCUGACCUGGGCGAGAGGAUCGCCUUGAGUGGGGAGAAGGUCCUUAUCGAGGAGAUCUUCCCGGAGACUGGAGACGUUAUGUGUAACUCAGUCAAUGCCGGCUGGAACCAGGACCCAACGCACGUCAUCCGCUUUCCUCUCAAUGGCUAUUGCAGGCUCAACUCCGUCCAGGUUCUGGAACGUCUUUUCCAGAAAGGUUUCAGCGUGGCGGCGUCUUGCGGAGGCGGCGUGGACUCGUCCCAGUUCAGUGAGUACGUGUUGUGUCGUGAGGACCGGCGGAGUCUCUCCAUCAACACUCCCAUCAGGAUAAAACAGGAACCACUGGACUAGAGCAUUCUGGGAGAGGGACUGCCAAACCCCCCAAUACUCCUUCUAUCUUCUCACACCAACCCAUCCUGCCUACCCCUGCCCCCACCCUGCCCUAACAGAACCGCAACAACCCCAACAUACCUAAGUAUUAGCAGAGGCUUGUUAACCUCACCAGCUCUGCAGAACUCUAAGGGGAAUGUACCAAACAAAGGAAAAAAAGUAUCAGCAGCAAAAGUUUUUGAUUAUGUUAAAUAAUGCCCAAAGAAUCCGGGACUGUGAUGAAAACAACAACAACAACAACUACCACAAAUGGACUCAGCAGCAGCUCACUAGAACCAUUUUAGCUGUCCUAACCCUUCUGGAGUGACACACCGCCCCACUCCUUGAUCCCCAAAGCACUUCUAAACACACACACAGCCCACCCUUCAACGCCAUCUUUCAGCGGUGUAUCAUCCAGGUCUGUGUCUGAAUGAGGCCAAUCUCUUGUUUGAGUCUGGCCUGUUGCGGGACAAGGAAGCUUCGGCAGGCAGGACGAUGUUAAUGAUGACAGUAAGAGGACAUAAUCCCAUCUCACGAGUCUCCCAAAAGGCCCCAGUUCCUGGGACCCCACAACCCUCCAACCCUAUCCACCUCACUCCACAGGCCUCGCUACAGACAGCUGAGCCUCGCCGAUAACAGGGUUGUUUGCCAAACUGAUUGUUUACUAAAAUUUUCAUUGUUGUUUCUAAAGUAUGUUCUUCUUGCUCCUUUUGCUGUUCUUAUCAUGACAUGGUGUAAACAAUUAUUAUUAAUAGGAUUAUUUUUAAUGUCUCUUUUUUCCUUUCUCCAAUAUGAAGGAUGUAUGAACGUUGUAUUCAUUAGGCUUUGAGAGCUUGUGAGGGAGCGUUUCUUGGCAGUAGCUGCAGAAACUCAGAUGUCUGCAGGCUAUGUGGCUAAAGCGAUCUGGCUGGCAAUGCAUUCAGAGCCGGAAAAAGUCCCAUUGUUCAAGCGGGGAUGGAAGAGAACCUGGAUGUUUCGACAUUGUUUAUAGUCAAAUGUGUGGCCCACAUUAAAAAAGUGCUCUGAAAUUUCUGCUUAUUAGCUGUAAAACAUAUCUCUGGUCUCUGAUCAGAUUCUCACUCACGAGCACAACUUCGUAUAUAGCAGAAGUUUAAGAAAGUUCGUCAAUUUGAAGUUCAGGUUGAAGUUGCACAAGCUCUAAGUGUGUUGCAGUUUUAAUGAGUUAGAAUGUUGUAGACUUGAGGACCAACGUGGAACGCUGACGUUUACCAGUAUGUCUCAUGAUCAGCAAGAGAUGUACUCUAAAUGCUUAAUAUUUCUUUGCACUUAAACAUUUCUUACAGACCUGCCCUGUUCCCACAAAAACACUUGUUUGAAUCCAGUAACAGUGCCAAGUCAGGUUGUUUAUCUUCCCAUGUUUUAGGAGACUAGAACAUUAAAACAUUUUAAACAGACAAAACUUACAACAGAACAAAUAUUAUAGGUACCAAAGGAGACAAGGUGACUAUUUUUUUGAUUGUAAAAACAUAAAGACGUCAACUCUUUUUACAGUUUAUAGCUGAACAAGAAACAACGCAUCAUUGAAAACUGUGUGAAGGGCAGCAAUAUUAGUUCCUGCAGGCCACCAGUCUAGCUCACAGAACCUCCAGACAAAGUUUGAGAGACAAAGUCUCCUUUUGUUUUAAUAUUGUCACUUCUAAGCCAAGAUUAUUUCAAUGGUUCUUCACAUGUAUGCAUGGUAGAACCCUAAGUGAACUGUACUCCAGCAUCAGUGUGUUAUUCACAAAGAGGCGAGUGGGCGGCAUUUACUCUAUCCUGCUCUCAUUCUUUUGGUCUUAUUCUCAACGUUUCUGGAUCAAAGACAGAAACAAGAAAGGCCAAGUUUUCAUGCUUUAUAUUUGUGUGUAACUUACAGAUGCUGUUUCUUCCAUUCCAAAAGACUGAUAGAAAAAAAGAAACCCAUUCUGAUCUUUGUGGGCUCCAGCAGUUGUUUGAGUUUAACUGGGGUUGUUUCUAUAAACUAGCUGUUCAUUAAAAGUGGGUGGUAGUUCUUCUGACCAUGUUGCCCUAAUAUCUGCUCUCUCCGGAUGGCCGCUGAUUAAACAAGGCCACUGAGUGGAUAAAGAUGAGCUUGGUGUAAGUGUAGCUCCCAGUCCAGCACGCCCCUCCCUGGGGGACUCUCACAAUCAAGCACAUCUUUGUUCUGACCUGCCAGUGGCUUGCGCCUUUGCAUCCAGUCGCCUCAAAGGGAAUGGUCAACCAGGCCUUUCAUGUGCCGGGGCAUGUUGGGCUCUUCACAGUGCUCCUCAUCCCCCUCCGCCUCCCCGAAAGCUCCCAGCUCAGUGGUGCCAGUAGAAACUCGGGUUGCACCCCCUGCUGCUGUGUCAUCCCCAUGCCCUGAUUUUCAAAACACUCCAAUGCUGUGGCUCUCUGGACCACAUCACAACAAACCAAACAAACUGAUGAGUCAAAUCUGAGCAUUCUCAGAACAUACUGUCCAGCCAGGCGACUUGACUCUGCCGCUGAUCCCGAGAUCUUUCAUCCAGUUAAUCUGAGGUGUGGAAACUCAUCUGAGUUAGUUCUUUAGGAAACAGGGGUAAAGCAGGAGCCAUGUUAAAAAGCACAUCUGCUGGAAUUACUUUUUUUCAGGGGGGAAGGAAAAAAGGCAUGCUUUCUCACCGAUGUGGCAUUUUUAAAUCAGAAAACAAGCUUUUAACAGCUUUAAAGAGCCACAGGGUCAUGCACACAUGAAUAAAAAUAAAAACAUAAAUGACUGUUCACACCUACACUUAAAAGGAACAAAAAUUGCAGUUUUGGGUUUCUCUGUCUGCAAUAACCUAUCCGGGGAUGCCCCUUUCAACUUAGCAUAUAAGUGUCAGGUUACCUACAGAGCUAGACAAAUUUGACAGGACUGGAAACUUCAUAGACAUGUUCACACAUGCCACCCUUUCAGAUGAAGUACUGGUCAGUGUUUCAGCCAGUUCAGAUGGCAUUCACUCCACCUCUGAGGCGGGUCAGUUGUACAGUUAUUGUAUAUUGAAUUAUCAGGACUCUGGGUUUUACGCGACCCUCGUGUUUUUAAGAGACCUCUUAGUCCUCUUCACAAAAAGAAUGAAAAGAAUUCAAAGCAUUACAUUGUGUACAUAUGGAUUAAACCAUUUCAAAGGGUAUCAUAAGGUGCAAAUGUAUAUUAUUUAAAGUGUUUAAAACAAUUAGACUGUGGUAUUAAAGGGCAUGUGUUCAUUUACAGUGUCUCCGUUUGACUUUUCUUGCAUAUUUGCGAUAAUAAAAGGAUGUACUGUAUAUCUGA